UUGCCAGCCAGCCAGCCCUAAUUCUGGCCCUUAAGCAUCCGAUUUCAAAUCCUCCCUCUUAAUUGCCCAAAUCCUACUUUAGCGACCGGAACUGCAGAGCUCACUACAAUGGGUGGAGGAGACAUAGAGAAGAUGAUCACCAUAGGCCUAGUGUGGGGUGCCACCAAUGCCUUAAUUCGUCGCGGUGCACUUCUCUGGGACCACCAAUCCCUAAAAUCUUCUUCUUCUUCUUCGUCUUCCGUUUCGUCUCCUCCAAAAUUCCACCAGAAAAUCCUCUCUUCACUCAAAAGCUGGCUCAGCCUUCUCUUAUUUUGGCAAUACUCUCUUCCUUUCUUGCUUAAUCUCUCUGCCUCUGCUAUCUUCUUCGCCAUCUUAAGUGACACCCCCAUAUCUCUGGCUGUCCCAGUCACCAAUGCUACAACAUUUGCUGCUACAGCUGUGUUUGGAAUGCUUUUAGGAGAAGAUACCCGAGUCGACUUCGCUUUGCUGGGCACAGGAGAGAGCAUGUGAAAAUGGAGGGCAGGUAAGGAGUUGACGACCUCAGCAGCUGGGACGCGGUUGCGCUAGGACUAGGCAAGCAUCGUGCGUGAGACUAAUCAGUGCACACAAGGAGGAGAGGUAGCUAGGUCAGCCUAGCUGUGAUGUGCACGUCCACACCCUUGGGAAACGCGAAAUGCUAGUUCUAGCCUUAAGCCCAGUUUCUCUGAGUACGAACCACACAUCCACAC